AUGGCGUUCUCAUCACUCUGCAUCGUGCUCUCCACACUGACUGUCACUCCCAAUCAGUCGCAGUUCUUCAAAUAUGACCGCAUCAUUCUGACCUGUGUGACAAACUCCAGCGGCUGGAUGGUGAAGAGGACGAUUAAAAGCAAUCCUCCUCAGGGAUGCGAGAACGGCUGGGCUAUUCCCGGCGACUCUUCCUGCAUCAUUGAGAACGCUUACCCAAGUGACACUGGUGUGUACUGGUGUGAAUCUGAGCGAGGAGAAUGCAGCAACAGAGUCAAUCUCACUGUAACUGCUGGGACUGUGAUCCUGGAGAGCCCUCCGUAUCCUGUUUUGGAGGGAGAAAACGUGACCCUUGGUUGUUACUACAAAGAAGAAGACGACGAAUUAUCCACAUCAGGCUUCUCUGCUCGUUUCUACAAAGACGAUGUUUUCAUUGGGACAGAGGAACGUGGGAAAAAAGCCAUAAAAGCUGAGGAAGGUUAUUACAAGUGUCAGCAUCCUUCUAAAGGAAAUUCAAUGAAGAGCUGGCUGGCAGUCAGAGCUAGAGUUGAACAAGCAGAUGUUUCUUUUUCUCCUCCUACUCCUACCUCCAUACCAUGGACCAGGGUGAUCUGUGGCCUUCUGCUCUUCAUCCUCUACAGCAUCAUACUUGUUUUGUGUGUAUUGACGUACCGCAGGUGGGCUAGAGCCCGGGCUAAAUAGGACAUCUGGUGCUUAUGUUGUAGCGGACUGAAGACAAGGGUGAAGAGAACAUACAGAGAUGUGCAUGUUACAACCAAACUACCGGGUCAUAAGCUGAACAGCAUUAAAUGUAUAGAACUUUUUUUUUUUGCUAUUUAUCCAUAUAAAACAAGCUAGUAUUUCAAUAUAGUCAUGCCAUCUAAUAGACUGCAUGUCGUACUAUAUAUGAAAAAAAAAAAUGUUUUGCAGUUUUAUUGUCUGCCAAGCUUCGGAACCAUUUACCAUAAGUAACCUGCUUAAUUAUUAAAGGCUUAACCUGAAAUCUUAUCUUGGACAUCUAUAUAUAUGUUGUUCACCAGCCGUCUUUUAAGCUGUUGCUUAUUAUCAGACUUUUUCAGUACACAGGGGUUAAGUUUUUACAUGUUACAAGGGAUAACAAGGCUUUUCUGGUUAGGUAGGGUCUACUUGUCUCAUGCUGUAUUACUUAUGAAGUAAAAUUUUGACAGUCUGGAUUGUAGUGGAGCUUGACCUGGGCUCCACUACAAUGCAUUUCCAGAAUCUGGAUCUAAAUGUGAGGUUGAUUUAAUGGUUAUUCAUAUUUGGAGCUAGACGCUAACUUUGCCCGUGUUUUUUCCUCAUCUAUCUGGAUUGUGUUGUUCUGAAACAUAUACAAAUGCAAACAUUUUGGAUUCCACAACCACAUUUGGAGGUAAUCUAAGCAACAAACUUUGCAGAAAUAUCUUCAAACAAUAGUGUACAGAUGUGUAAAAAUGUAGA